UGACAAAAGAGGCUGAAGGUGAAAAAAACACUGAAGUCGACAAUGGUGCGCAAGAGGAGGAGACGCUGAUGGAGAAGUACUACGACAAAGCUAAAUGCUUCUUUGACAACAUCUCUUCAGAUCUGAAGCCCAGGAGAACCACCUGGGCAGAAGAGAAAAAGUUGAACAUUGAAACAUUUGGCGUGCCUGGUCGCUUCCUGAGAGGCAGAGGAUUUCGAGGCCGUGGACGUAGAACCACCGAGCAAAGAGCACUUCCAAAGAUUGGUAGUGGGAGAGUUUGAGUCUUUUUUUUUUUUUUUUGGUAAAUGCCAAUGUAAAUAUUUUUUCCUACUAAUUUAAAUUAUCUCCCUCAUUGUGACUUUUUUUUAAAAUCCCAAUUAAACUUUGAAUUGAUAUAAAA